ACAUUCCUUACAAAAAUUAUUUGGGUUGUUAAUGAAUGGAUUUCGAAAUGAACGAAGCAUUUUUUCAACAAUAUGUAUGAAAAAACGACAAAUUUCAAGCUUCAAUAUCAUUCCUCCUUAAAUUGGAAAAAUAAAAACUCAAUUUUGUAACAUGGCAACAUCGACUGCGCUUUAGUGCCGUCGGUCUCACAAUUUGAAGUCGCCAUGUUUGGAAAGGACGCCGUGUCCUUGAUGUGAGCGCGUUUAAUGCUGUUAUUGUUGGGAGCAUUUUCUAGUUUUUAAUAACGUGAAGUAUCCAAUUGCUGUUGGAACCUUAAUUUUUACGAUAGUGUUGUUUUUAUUAUCCUACGAGCAAGUUUUGACCAGAUAUUUUGGGAAUACAUUAUGAUUGAUCAAAGAUGAAUGAAGAUACUCCGGGGGUGGAGCAGGGAGCUCCGCCCCCAAUGGAGGGACAAGCUCCUCAAUCGUCAGUAGACCGACCCACAUCUAUGAGGAUAACGCAGGUUGCUAGUGGGCAGUAUGUUCUAACUCCACAACCUCAUGGAAGUUCAGUGCUUACUCAGAUAAAUUCUUCCGGUCUGCCCGGAUCGGACGGCGCGGUCACGCGCAUUAUAAACAUCAGCCCAUCGAGGGGCCAAACGUCCCCGUUGCGUCCGAGUUUGACUAAUCAAUCGAUAGUUAACGUCCUCAAAGCGCGGGGAAGCUCUAACGUGCGAUUACAGUUGUUCCCUAACGAUAAUGGCACCGCUAACCAUUCGUCACCUACGCACGCGCGUUCCCUCAAAAGACCAUCGGCCACCAUCAUCGCUGACAAAGAUUCCUACUCUGCCAAAUUGCAACGCGUCAUGAACCACAGGAUCGUGAGGUCCAAGUUGGUGAAGGAGAAAUAUGCGGAACACUUGCUGGAAGCUUUUUAUCUGGACGCCGGCGGCAACAUCUUGGAUUUGUACCAGUACGCGAAAAGACCGAAAAGUCAAUCUUACUUGGCGUACCUUCGGGAGCACUCCAUCGAUCCUAGCGAUCACGAGGAGAAAUGUUCCACUCCGACGGUUGUAGCUCCAUCCGCUACCGCGGCCAGCUCUCUCCCCGGUAUUUCUAAUACGCACCAAGUGAAAUCACCUCCGCCCCUUAGCACUCCUCCGAUAUCGGCUCCAUCGACCCCCGAACCUCAAACAAUUCAAACGAAAAUCAAAUCGUCGAAUUCGAAUCAGGAACAUAUCGUGGAGAAGGCCAAACAGGAAGCAUACGUCGUUCAACGGAUCAUGGACCUUCAAAGGGACGGCCUGUGGUCGGAAAAGCGGUUGCCCAAAUUGCAAGAGAUGCCGAGAGCGAAAGCCCACUGGGAUUUCCUUUUGGAAGAAAUGGUGUGGUUGGCGGCCGAUUUCGCACAAGAACGCAAAUGGAAGAAAGCGGCUGCCAAGAAAUGCGCCCGAAUGGUCCAGAAGCAUUUCCAGGACAAAGCUUUGGCCGCUCAGAAAGCGGAGAAAGCUCAGGAGCAACACCUGCGCAGGAUAGCGGCUUUCUGCGCGAAAGAGAUCAAGAUAUUCUGGAACAACGUCGAGAAGCUGGUCGAGUACAAGCAGCAUACGAUUCUCGAGGAGAAGCGAAAGAAAGCACUCGACCAGCAGCUCAGUUUCAUCGUUGAUCAGACGGAAAAGUAUUCGCAACUGCUGGCGGAGGGCAUGAACAAGAGCGCGGUCGAGGUGCCGUCGAGCACGGUGUCCUCCAGGUCCGUGUCUAGAGCACAAUCGGACGAGGAAUUCGAUCCGGAAAUGCAGAGCGACGAAGAUGACGAGGAAACGAUAGAGCAAGAGGAGGCGGCGCUCUGCGCCAAAGAUCAGAAUGAGGAGGUCGAAGCUCUGCGAAGGGAAUCUCAAUUGGAGCUGGAUGACCUCUUGGAGGAUGACUUCCUCAGGAAUUACCUCCUGAAUAGGGAUAAUAUCCGACUGAGCGAGUCGGAAUCGGAGAAUGAUAAGCGGGAGAAGAAAAGUCCUAGUUUUGUGGCGGAGGAAGAGGGGGAUUCGCACAGCGACGACUCGAACGACAGUUUUCGUAGCGGCGAUGAAAAGGACGGCUGCCAGACGGAAAACCCUUGCCUCAAACAUCUCGUAAACGAGGACGAUGGAGAAACAAAGACUGAUGACGAGAAAAAAGAUGACAUUAUCAACGACGCGGCUGCGAUCGCCGAAAGCAUCCAACCCAAAGGGAAUACGUUGUCUUCCACGCAAGUUUCCACAAAUAUACCGUUCCUUUUGAAAUUGCCUUUGAGAGAGUACCAGCACAUCGGGUUAGAUUGGUUAGUGACCAUGUACGACAGGAAACUGAACGGCAUCUUGGCCGACGAGAUGGGCUUGGGCAAGACUAUCCAGACUAUCGCGCUCCUGGCUCACCUGGCCUGCGAAAAGGGCAACUGGGGUCCGCACUUGAUCGUCGUGCCGACCUCGGUAAUGUUAAACUGGGAGAUGGAGUUGAAAAAGUGGUGUCCGGCCUUUAAGAUUUUAACGUAUUAUGGAACGCAGAAAGAGAGACGGAUGAAACGUGUCGGUUGGACGAAGCCCAACACGUUUCACGUAUGCAUCACGUCGUACAAGCUGGUCAUCCAGGACCAUCAAAGUUUCCGCAGAAAACGGUGGAAGUAUCUCAUACUCGACGAGGCCCAGAACAUAAAAAAUUUCAAGUCGCAACGGUGGCAGCUGCUUUUGAACUUUCAGACGGACCGGAGGCUGCUACUGACCGGUACCCCCCUGCAGAACAAUUUGAUGGAGCUGUGGUCGCUGAUGCACUUUCUGAUGCCAAACGUUUUUCAAUCGCACAGAGAGUUCAAGGAGUGGUUCUCGAACCCGGUGACGGGCAUGAUCGAAGGGAAUUCCGAAUACAAUGAUAGUAUUAUAAAGCGGCUCCAUAAGGUGUUGCGGCCAUUUCUUUUACGGAGACUAAAGUCGGAAGUGGAGAAACAGAUGCCAAAAAAAUACGAACAUGUUGUGAUGUGUCGACUAUCCAAGAGACAACGUUUUCUUUACGACGACUAUAUGUCACGAACAAAGACCAAAGAGACCCUGGCCAGUGGCAACUUGCUGAGCGUAAUAAACAUUCUCAUGCAGUUGAGAAAAGUGUGCAACCAUCCGAAUUUGUUUGAAGUCAGGCCGACCAUUUCGUCGUUUCAAUGCGAAAAAAUCAAUUUGCACAUUCCUUCGAUCGUGUACGAGGCCGUGCGAUACGACCCCUUUAAGCACGUAAACCUAUACGCAAUGAAUCUCUUACUGAUCAUGCUUGAAAUACAUUUAAACGCUUACCAGUGCUACAGGAUGAGGCAGUCCGCGAAAAAGUGUUUCGUCGGGAAUCACGUCAAGGAAAUUCAUCCGCCCUGUCCUCCCUGCAGGCUUAGCAUGAAACUGAACCUGAAAAACGGGGAGGGAGUCAAGGCGAAAAAAAAAGAGCAACCGCAGAAUACGAAAGUCAGUGUCGUGCCGUCGAAUAUGAAAAUGAAAGUUUCCGGUGUCCAACUGGUAUCCCAAGGCAUAAUAAAAACGAUCCCUCUACUCAAUAUUUCCCAGACUAACUCGUCUGGGCCAAUACAAGGCGCUGCGAUAAAUGUGCCGUCCGUGCUUACAUCUGCCGAUAAAAUUUCGGCAAAUUUCGCUCAGCUAGUGCAAACAUCGACCGGCAAGCAUUUGUUACUAACUUCAAACCCAAAUAUAACCGGCAACAUUCCGAUAUCAUCGUCCGCUAUCGGUGGUUCCAAGUUUACUUUUUUAUCGAAGCAGCCGCUUCUGACGCCGAGCGGCACGAACCAGCCCCUUACCAAAGCUUUUGUCAAAUUUCAAAUCACGUCCGUGACCACGGCAUCGACAAUAACGUCCACGAAUUCGUCGACUUCGGUGUUGAGCAAGACGGGCGACAAAUUGAGGUCCGUGCAGUCGGAUUUCUUAGGAAGGUUAUACUCAAAACAAAACAAUCUCGAUAUCCGGUGGAGCGGCGAAGAGGUAACAGAUGAGGAACGCGAAAAUGUAAAUAGCGAAGAGAAAAGAAGAUUAAAACUAAUGACCAAAGUAAACGAACGCCGUUGUUCUUCGUUGCCUCUGUACGGGAGAGAUUUUCAAGACGUCAUCAAAAUUCUGGUACCCCAUAGGAUGUGUUCGUGGACCGGCGGACAUAUCCAUUGUUUGAACGCCCUUUUCGAUAAGAAUGAGGAAAACACGACUAAUUUUCUCCGGAAUGCGCUGCACAAUCCGGAACGGAGGAUAGAACAAUUGAAAAGUAUAUGUGAAAGGUUUAUCUUUUACGUUCCCGCGGUGAAAAGUAGCGAAGCGGAGCUGCAUGUGUGGCAUCCUCCGCCUAGCGAGUAUUGGGCUCGAAAGCACGAAAAACAGCUGAUCCAGCAAUUGUGUUCCAAGCCGGCGACGCCGCUGCAUCAUAUCGCCUCCGCUAUGGUCACCCAGUUCCCGGAUCCUAGACUUAUACAGUACGACUGCGGCAAGUUGCAGACGUUGGACAAUUUGCUGCGUCAUUUGAAAAGCGAAAAUCACCGCGUCUUAAUUUUCACACAAAUGACGAAAAUGCUCGACGUGUUGGAGGUGUUUUUGAAUUUCCACGGACACAUUUAUCUCCGAUUGGACGGAUCUACGAAAAUCGAUCAGCGACAGGUCCUAAUGGAGCGGUUCAACGGGGAUCCCCGCAUUUUCGCUUUUAUAUUGUCCACCCGUUCCGGAGGAGUGGGAGUGAAUUUGACCGGCGCGGACACCGUAAUAUUUUACGAUUCCGACUGGAAUCCAACCAUGGACGCGCAGGCGCAGGACAGGUGCCAUCGGAUCGGUCAAACCAGAGACGUACAUAUUUACAGACUAGUAAGCGAACGAACAAUUGAAGAGAACAUUUUGAAAAAAGCGAAUCAGAAAAGACUGCUGGGAGACUUAGCCAUCGAAGGCGGGAACUUUACCACUGCGUAUUUCAAGAGCUCCACCAUACAGGACUUAUUUAAUAUCGAUAACACCGUGGAAAGCGCGGCGCAGCGUAUGAAAGAGUUGACUGAGACGCGUCAAGAGCAAGAUAAGCCGCCGAACGAUUCUGGUAACGUCAGUGACGACAAGACGAUGGUGGGCGCGUUGGAGAACGCUUUGGCGGCGUGCGAAGAUGACCAAGAUGCCCAAGCCGCCUGCUCAGCGAAAGCUGAGGCGGUGGCCGAUUUGGCUGAGUUCGAUGAGAACAUUCCGUUUGAUCAGGACCAGGAGAAGGAGAAGGAGCCGGAGAUCAGCAGGGCCGAGCAAGAAAUCAGCAAUAUCAUCGAAAAGUUGUCGCCGAUCGAAAAAUACGCGAUGAAGUUCAUUGAGCAGACCGAAUCGGCAUGGUCGGCGGACCAGUUGGCCGCCGCUGAACGCGAAAUCGAGGAGCAAAAGCGCGAAUGGGAACAGAACCGUAUGGCGGCGAUGCGGGAGGAGGAGAAGAGACGGGCGAGGGAAAUCGAGAACGACAACGAGAUCAUAUCGUACGCGAGAGAGGACGCGCAGAAUCAGGUUUGGAUGUCUGAGGGGUCUCUGGAACAAAUGCCAAUGUGGUGUCCUCCAACUCCGCCCCAGCUAGAAACCGACGUCUACAUCGACCACACGGUUUCCUUCUUGUACGACGUCAACAUAAUGUCCGAGUCUCAAUUGCCACCCAUCUAUGUAAAAAGGGAAACCAAGAGGACCCGCGUCGAUGCCGACAUCGGUCUAGACGGCCGUAGGGCCGCGAAAAUUCCGAGAAAAGACGAUUCGGUUAUCGCGCCGAAGUCCCUUUUUUAUUCGCCGGCCAUUUUGAAGAUGAAACGGGACCUGAAACUGCAAAAAUAUCGAGGUCUGAUGCGACCGUUGGUCUCGAUGCCGGGCAAACAAAGCGCUCAGAAAUCGGUAGCUGAUCAACCUUUGUAUCACGAGUGGACCGUCCACGAGGACAUGGCUCUUUUAAAGGUGAUACAGUCGUUCCAAGGGUUGCCGUUGAAUUUAGUUGUGAUGUGUCCGGGCCACACCCCAAACUGGGACUUUGUCGCGGAGUACGUCAACACCGUCUCCAUAGCUUAUAGAUCGCCGAAGCAGUGUAGACAACGAUACGAGAACUAUUUGAUGCACAGAGAAGAGGGCAGGUACCCGCUGAUCGAUAGCAUUUUGAAAAAGAAGAAGAAAACGGGGCAGCUGCCGAAGUUUCCGGUGCAGAAAUCGGGCAGACCGGCGCGUACGGCGCAGCUCUACGCUCAAGACAACAAUUCGACGUUUACGCAGAUUAUGAACGAGAGGUUCGAGACCCUCAAAGCCAUAUCGAACCGGCGACUGUCUUCGACGAGAACGGUCAUCAACAAUCCAUUGAUGAACAAGACGAAAAACCUGUCUACGCUAAACGAAUGCGGCAUCGAUAUCGAUCGUCCGGUGUUGCCGGUGGAGGUGGCCGCCAGACGGGCCGAACGCAUCGCGAAAGAGAAGAAAACGAUGACUCCGGAGCAGUUGGCCAAAGUGCAGAUGAUGAAGGGCAUCCUGACCGCACAACAAGCUGGAACGACUACGUCGGCCGGUGCGCAGCAAAUAGCCUCGAUACCGAUAGUGACAAUACCGGCGUCUCAGGCGAUUUGCCAAGUAACGACCGCCGUUACGACGAUUACAGCGGCAACCGCGACCACGGUGGCUACGUCGAGUAACCUGAGAUCUCCAAGAAGCAUGUCGUCACCAUUGCAGGGUUCGACGCUUGUCACGGUGUCUGGAUUGACUUCCGCACAGCUACAGGCAGCCGCCCAACGCCUAGUGAUAUCGCCCGGUGCCGCCAAUCAAACCAAAGCAGUUUUGGGUGGUACUUCUGGCACACAAACCAAACAGUUCAGUCAAGCCCAGCUGCAAAUGAUCAGGCAGGCGGCGUCCAUCAAGCAGCAAUUAAGAUUGCACACAGGCAAUUUGACCCAAGCGGUCAAAGCCUCGACCGUGAACAUAGGCCAGCAAACGGUCGUGCAGUUUACGCAAGCACAGCCGAGGGCUCAGUUUGUUCGCCAGGGGGCGGUGACGGUCGGAACUAAAUCGGGCGUGACGAGGACGGUGACGGAAAGCGAAGUGGCGCAGCUGCUAAAGAAGCAACACCAGUUGCAGCAGCAAAAGUUGGCGGCCGCCGCCGCGGGCGGCAAUUCGUCGCCCGGCAACGGUGGCGUUUCCGGAAGUGGUGGUACGAUUCACGGGUUGACGCCACAAGCGCUCGCUCAAGCUAUCCAACAGGUGGGCGGAAGUUCCGGUUCUUCGGUGACCACUUUGGUAAAGGCUGUGUCGUCUUCAGCCGGAGUGACCCAAACGGUAACUAUUCCGGUUACGGGUGUAACUCUUAACACUUCGGGCGCCAAGACUAUCGUUCCCACAUUCAAAACCGGCUCGCCUCAACAACUAAGGCACAUACAGAUUCAGCAACAGCUUCUGGCUCAAAAGAAGAUCGCCGGCCAAAAGCUAAGCAUCGCCCAAGUGGGCGGCAAGACUAGCCUACCGACGCAGCUUAUCGUCGGUUCCAAACCGCUGUCUACGGCCAUGACGGUGCAGCAAUUUCAGCAAGUUAUUAGAGCGCCCCUCAACGUCUCCCAAGGACCGGUCGUACUGGCCAAAGGACCGUCGAGGGUUAUUCCCGUAAACACCAUUCAAGGCACGAAGCAAACCAUUCAGGUUGUUUCUGCAGCUUCGCAACCUUUGAGCACGUUGCAUCCGCAGUCGGCGUCUACCUUGGCGGGUGCUUUGGCGGGUAUUAAGGUUCCAAGUGCUUCAAACUCCCCCCAGGCUUCGUCGGGAUUGAGCCAGAACAUUUCUGUCCGCCAGAAUAAUCCUGUUAGGAUUCAGACCGCCGCAGGUACGCCUAUCGUUGCAGUAACGGUUCAGUCAGCUCAGAGCGGGCAAUUCCAGACACAAAGUCCCGAUCCAGUAAGUAGGUUUUUCAACAAGUAGAAUGCAAAGGCCGCUUGUAAUUUUUAAACAUCAAUAAUUUAAAAUUUUCGAACUUAUUAUUUAUAUUAACGCCCUUGUUUCUGAGAUUGAGUUUUCCCGAUCCUAAUUUUAAUUUUAUUUCCGUCUUUGUUUUUCAGUUUUAUAAAAGUUGUAUAAACUGUGAUAAAAACGUGUCUGAUUUUUUGCGUAACCGUUUUAUUGUUUACCCAUUAACAUCGAGUUCCCUCUUAAGGUAUAUUGUAUAUAUGAUGUAAUUUUAGUUUAUUAAUGCAAUAAAUAAAUUAUAUUUCCCACAUUUUUGUUUUUUGUUUUUUUUUUUUAAAUUUUGGAUUAUGAUGUAGGGAUAUUUGGUAAUC